GAUCCUAAAUAUAAAUGAAAAUUCUGAGGCUUACAUGUGCUAAUCCUUAACUGAGAACUUCAGUGCUGUCCUAAAGGAUAUAACAAAAGGUAAAAAGUCUUCGUAAUCCUGUCCGUGUUUCACAUGGAUAAUUACACCAGUGAUGAAGACAUAGAUGAUGACUUUGACACCCAGCUCAUCAUUCAACAGAGUUUACAGGAUAUCUACAAGCCGGGAAUAACACAACAUACCCCUGAGGAUGAGAGCUUCCAUUCCUUUUUGAGUGCUGACUGUAAGAAGAUAAUUGAAACAAUAGAGACAGGUGAGGAAGAUGCACUGUUACACUUAACCAUGUGUCAUUCUGCUUUUGAUGAAGCAGAUGGGAUAGGCUGGAUUCCUCUGCAUAAAGCUGCAGUGCAAUUAAAUAAGAAUAUUUUGGAAAUAACCCUGAGAGCUUCAAAACCUAGUAUGUGGGAACAAACCACUCACAAUGGUGAAACACCACUUUUUUUGGCUGUCAGCAAUUGCCUCUUAGAAAAUGCCAGUUUUCUUCUUGUCAAUGGCUGCAAUCCGAAUGCUAAGAAUUUUGAAGGCAAUUCUCCUCUCCUUACAGCUGUUCUGUGUGACUCGUACGACAUGGCAGCCUUGCUGAUCAGCCAUGGAGCGAAUGUCAAUCUGCAGUGUGUCAACAAGAGGACAGCUCUCCAUGAAGCAGCCAAACUGGGCAGAAAGGACAUGGUGAAGCUUAUGCUGGUUUCUGGAGCACACCCUGACCCACAGAGUUCCUAUGGAUUCACUCCUCUUGCUCUUGCUGCCCAAAGUGGACACACUGAAAUCAUGGAAAUGUUACUGGAGAAAGGAGCUAAUGCUCACAGUCAGGCUUCUGAUUCUUCUUCCAUCUUACUUGAAGCUGCUCGUGGAGGAAACCCAGACUCUGUGACUCUCUUGCUAGAGCAUGGAGCCGAUGCCAACAUCCCUAAGAAUUCUGGCCACCUGCCCAUUCAUGUGGCAGCUGACAGAGGCCAUUUAUUAGCUCUAAAGAUGUUGGUUCCAGUUACGGAUCUUGCUGCCAUUAAAAGGAGUGGGAUCAGUCCAAUUCACUGUGCGGCAGCAGGAGCACAUCCUCAGUGCCUGGAACUUCUCAUCCAGGCUGGAUUUGAUGUGAAUUUCAUGCUAGAUCAGAGAAUUCGCAAACAUUAUGAUGACCAAAGGAAGUCAGCCUUGUAUUUUGCUGUAUCAAAUGGUGACCUUUCUUCAGUUAAGCUGCUUCUGAGUGCUGGAGCUCUGCCUAAUCAAGACCCGGUUAACUGCCUCCAGAUAGCCCUCAGAAUGGGCAACUAUGAGCUGAUUAGUCUGCUGCUAAGGCAUGGGGCCAACGUCAAUUAUUUCUGCAGAGUUAACCCUUUACAUUUCCCAUCAGCACUGCAAUACACACUGAAAGAUGAAGUCAUGCUCAGAAUGCUGUUGAAUUAUGGGUAUGACACACAGCGAUGUUUUGAUUGUCCUCACGGGGACAAAGUUCAUCCUUUUUAUACUUUUGAAGGCUGGACAUCUACAGUUAUCAGAGAUACUAAGUUCUGUGAAGUCAUAACUCUGUCGUGGCUGCAGCACCUCUCUGGAAAGGUCGUCCGAGUGAUGCUUGACUAUGUUGAUCAAGUUCGGAUCUGUUCAAAGUUGAAAGCUGUGCUCCAAAAACAGGGGCUCUGGUCAGAAAUACAUUUCAUCUUGACAAACCCUCGCUCCCUAAAACAUCUGUGUCGCCUAAAGAUCCGCAAGUGUAUGGGCCGUUUACAUUUGCGCUGCCCUGUCUUCAUGUCAUUUCUUCCAUUACCCAAUCGUCUAAAAGCGUACGUCCUUUACAAAGAAUACGACCUUUAUGGACAAGGAAUUUUUACAGGACCCUGGUAAUCAAACUAUUCUAGAGGAAAAGUUAUAAUUCUACAGCUGUAUUUCUUAAAAUUUGACUUUUGUAUGAUUCAUAUUUUUUGCUUUACCCAGCAACUAAAAUCUCAAUGCAGUCUACAUUCUUGUUCUGAACAUAACCUCUCAACUUAUAAAUGGCUAGCAUCCUAAAAAGUAGUUUUUAAAAAAUAAAACCCAAAUAAUAAAAUUUCAGUGAACUAAAAUACAUGUUCUAAUUCUGUACUGAUCUUAUUAAGUGUACAAACACAAUUUCUUUGUUUAAAAUAAUAGAUGCCACUUCUGACAAUUCAAGAUAAUUCUUAACAGUAAUCUUUUUUUAUAGAGAAGUACACAUAUAUAUUACUGGUUGGACUGAAUAUAUACUGACUCCAGUACAUGAUCUAGAAGUUAGUUGUUCUUGUGCAAAAGCCCUAGCAUCAACUUAGUGUCUGAUACCAUUUCCUUGUAGAGUCCAGGACAGAGGUGGGGUAAUUCACAGUUAAUUGAAAUAAAACCUUCAAUUUAAAUUUCAUCAUUACUAGGAAAUAUGUGUCCCUUCUUCCACAAAACCCUGGCUAUGACUCAACCAUUUAUCGGUUAAUAUGAUCACUGGAAUGGGAACUAAAAGUUUUCGA